UUCUUCACGUGCCUGCUUACUUAUUUUCUUAUCUCUCGUCUUAUCCGUUCGGUUUUUCUAUCGUAGCCUUUUUCAACAUUUCCCCCUCCGCGUGCUUUAUUUUCACGCCCCGGCUGCUCUCAGACCAGCUGCACCAGACGGCUCUGUGUCUGCGUCUCCAGCUGCUUGGCUCCAGUCCCGCAGGCUGGGUCGGCCAUGUUGUAGUGUGGGGGUUGAUGGAAGUUUGGUAGUAGGGGUGGAGAGGAGGCUCCAUCUCCCCGGGAUACUCCAGGAUCCCACUUUUCCUGCUUCCUCUUUGUUUUCCAUCAGCUGGCAUGCAUCUGUAGGAUUUUCCCCUCAGUCAGUGGAAGGAAAAUGACAGCCCCGUGCAGUGAUUUAAUCAGCCUUCAGGACUACAACACUUGAUUUAAGUUAAAACCAAACUGGAUGGAUGAGGGGAGGAUGAAGGUAGUUCGGUCCCGACUGGAAUAACUCGGAUUUACUUUGUCCUGGACCCGAAUCAAAAAGGGGGAAGUGGGGAAUCAGAGUGGAAGACCACACUGCGAGGAGACAGAUCUUUAAAGGCUGAGACGAUGGGCUGUGUGAAGAGCAAAGAAGACAAAGGCCCCACCAUGAAAUAUCAGACUGAGAAUUCCUCACGGUCUGACCCCAACACCUCCACCUCUGUGCCUCACGCCGGUCAUUAUGGGCCGGAACCAACGCAGACGCAGCAGAAUCAGGGUCCAGCAUCUUCCUCCAACUCUGCAGCUGUGAAUUUCAACCAAGCCCUAACGCCAUUUGGAGGCUCCUCCUCUGCCAUGACUCCUUUUGGAGGAGUGUCAACAUCCUUCACUGGUCCCAUGUCAAACUCUUUCUCUGGUGCCGUCUCUAGCGGCGUCACCUUCUUUGUUGCCUUGUACGACUACGAAGCCAGAACAUCAGACGAUCUUACCUUUAAAAAGGGGGAUCGCUUUCAGAUAAUCAACAAUACGGAAGGAGACUGGUGGGAGGCUCGCUCCAUCACCACCGGGAAGAAAGGCUACAUCCCCAGCAAUUACGUGGCCCCCGCCGACUCAAUUCAGGCUGAAGAAUGGUACUUUGGUAAAAUGGGACGCAAGGAUGCUGAGAGGUUGCUGCUCAAUCCUGGGAACAACCGGGGGACUUUCCUGGCAAGGGAAAGUGAAACAACUAAAGGUGCUUAUUCUCUCUCCAUACGGGACUGGGAUGAAGCCAAAGGAGACAAUGUGAAGCACUACAAGAUCCGCAAGCUGGAUAACGGGGGGUACUACAUCACCACACGAGCCCAGUUUGACACCCUGCAGAAGCUCGUCAAACACUACACAGAGCAUGCAGAUGGACUUUGCCACAAGCUGACCACAGUCUGCCCAACGGUCAAGCCUCAGACUCAGGGACUCGCUAAAGAUGCUUGGGAGAUCCCAAGGGAGUCGCUGCAGCUGGAGGUCAAACUGGGCCAGGGAUGCUUUGGAGAGGUGUGGAUGGGCACGUGGAACGGCACAACCAAAGUGGCCAUAAAGAUGUUGAAGCCCGGAACCAUGUCACCCGAGGCUUUCCUGCAGGAAGCUCAGAUCAUGAAGAAACUUAGACAUGACAAACUAGUGCCUCUUUAUGCUGUAGUAUCUGAGGAACCCAUCUAUAUUGUCACAGAGUACAUGUCAAAAGGAAGCUUGCUGGACUUUGUCAAAGAAGGCGAUGGCAAAUUCCUCACACUCAUCACGCUGGUGGACAUGGCUGCAAAGAUUGCAGACGGCAUGGCCUUCAUCGAGCGGAUGAAUUACAUCCACCGAGAUCUGCGGGCUGCAAACAUACUCGUGGGCGAAAACUUGGUGUGCAAGAUUGCCGACUUUGGUCUGGCCAGGCUGAUAGAAGACAACGAGUACACAGCGAGGCAAGGAGCCAAAUUCCCCAUCAAGUGGACAGCCCCUGAAGCAGCUCUGUAUGGUCGCUUCACAAUCAAGUCAGAUGUCUGGUCCUUUGGGAUCCUCCUCACCGAACUAGUGACCAAAGGCAGGGUGCCCUAUCCAGGUAUGGUGAACCGGGAAGUCCUGGAGCAGGUGGAGCGAGGAUACCGCAUGCCCUGCCCUCCAGCUUGCCCCGAAUCUCUGCAUGAGAUGAUGAUGCUCUGCUGGAAGAAGGAGCCAGACGAGAGGCCAACCUUUGAGUACCUGCAGUGCUUCUUGGAGGACUAUUUUACCUCCACUGAACCUCAGUACCAGCCUGGAGAAAACCUAUAGCCAUAAGAGGAGGAAGCUUGGUUGAAGACAUUUCAGUACAACACAAUUUAUUCUGCAUUUCAUGUUUUUGUUCUUCAAUCAUCCACUCAGAUAUAGUUUUUUUAUUAUUAUUAUACGUUUAUUCUUAUGUUCUCACAUCUGGUACUGCAACAAAUAUUAGGUCUUUUUUUGUACCUCUUUAUGCAGAUUUAGUCGACAUGUAUAAAAAGAUUGUAGGUAUUGUAAUAUGUAUUCAUGUUUAAAUACCAGGCAUUGCAGUGUUAUGUUUCUGUGAAAUAAGCUGUGAUUAAACAUCCAAAAAAAGAAAAUUUUAAGAAUUUUGACACUUUAAAGGUUUUGUAUUAUGGUCCUGAUUUUCAGUUCACUACACCAGACUGGGAAAUGUCUGGAAAAUUAUGGAAUUUCAUUGUUUCCAGUCUGGAUAAAUAUGGAUAACAGGAAAAAAUGUUGCUUCUUGGCUUUAUUACCCAUGUCUAUUUCUCAUAGAUUUAGAAACUCUACAACAGCAUUUAUAGGUUUAUCUUCAUUCAUACCUGAGAGAGGGCAGGGUGCAGGAGCCAGUUCAGUACUUUGAAAAGACAAAGAAAAUAUACUGAGUUAUUAAAGCUUUAGAUCCAUUACUUUGCAGAAGCAAUUUUAUCAGAACAUUUAUUCCCCGAUACCGAUUUAGGUCAUUUUAACCAUAUGCAGUGGUAGUUCUUAUACCUUAACCUUUUAUAUCCACAAAAUUCAGUUGAUUUUAAAUGUAAAAUAACACACUUCUAUUUUAACUGCAUUACAGCUUCUACACUUUUACUUUAACUGUCCCCAAUCAACCCCCUCAGUUAUGUCAAUCAUCAUAAUGCUGCUUGCUUUUUUCUGAACAUUCAGAAAUUUUGUUCCAACUCAAUUUCUGUUUCACAGCUUCAUACAUCUACAAAUUUCUCAGACUCAACAUAAUAAUAAUAGAAAAUAAACUACCUUCUUGUUACCGCUGAGGGUUUAUUUACAGAGCGGUUUACGGAAAUGUUAGGCAACAUUUUUUUUAGUUAUGACUCUUUGUUACAUAUUCCAGUUAAUCAUGUUACCAAACAAAAGGAAGGUGUUUUUUCCUUUAUCAUUUAGGAUUUCAUUUUUAGCAUUAUAACAUGUUAAGGCUUUUGGUGCAGCUGCUGUCUAGAUUUCAGUGAAGAUCAUUUAUAGGGAAAUACAAACUGUUAUAGAAAACCCAGAUUUGUGAGAUUGGGAAAAAAAACCAAUAUGCACAGCUUACAGUUAAGAAAAAGAAGAAAAUGUUCUUGCUGUAGAAUAUUGAAAAUAUAUUUUUGCCCUGCUCUCUUAGAUUAUGGCAAACAUAAAUUAACUUAGACCAACAGCAGAUAUUCAGGCGAGAUCUCUAACACCAGUUAUUUUAUGCCAUAAUCUGAACCAUGAACCAUACAUAAGAUAAGGACAAGGACAUUAUCUGUCGCUAAUAUUAUAUUCAAAUAUAAGGUUGUAUGUCAUCCAUACAAAUCAGCUACUUUUAUUCUUUAAAAAUGUUUAGGAAAAGCCUCUACUUUGAUGCAAUUAAGGUUUUACUGAGUUUUAAAUCAAACGGUGCAUUGAACUAACCCGUUGUGACCCCAAAAUCUCAUGCAGGAAAUAUUUGUCCAUCAAUAAAUUACUUAUUAUUAUAAGGCGCAAAUCCCCCCCAAAAUAAUUGUAAUUGUUAAUUUUCAUAUUUAAACUUGCUGGUUUCAUGAGCGUAUCAGGAAACAUGGAUAAAAUGAUUAAAUGUAUUUACUGCUUUUAGUUUAGCCAAGUCAUUGCAGCCUCCAGCUUGUGUACGAACAUAGUGUGUAUAUUAUUUUAGAGCAAUAUUUGUGUUCAUCUGGGUCUCUGACUGUUUUAAAAAAGAAGAAAAAAUAAAAAUACAUUUAAUCAACAUGUUUUUUACUAUUACAGUAAAUGCCCCAAAUUAUUGUGGUUAAAUUUAGAAUUUAGAGCCAUACAUUCUGUAAGCAGCUCCCAGUCUCAUGUUUAUCAGCAAUUUUAGAGACAAUAUAUUCCCACAGUAGAAUUUCUCAGGGGGUUGAUGCAUUUUACUCCUCACCUGCACAAUUUUAAGUCCUUUGUAAGUUGUCUUUGCUCCUUUUUCAUAUUUAUUACUGUAAACAUUUCUCAGAUCAUGCAGGUAUUGUAUAAUAAUACCAUUUGGAGACUGUCCAUCUCUGCACACCACCCAACCAAGCAGCUGUUUGUGUCCUGGUUAUUAUAAUCUCUCUUUAUAACCACUCUGUAUUGUCUUAUUGGUUGGAUUGGUGCCAUGAACUGGUAAAGAAAAUGAUGGCCUUUGUGGCUUUCUUACAUCAUGACUUAAAACAUUUCCUCCAGCCAUUCGAAGUGGAUCUUUGCUGACCUUCGUUUUGAAAUAAGCAAAGCUUUUUUUUAUCCUCUCAACUGUGACUGCAAAGAACCUUUAGACCGGGAUGUUUAUGUAACCAGAGGGACUCUGUAAACACCAUGUUUAAGACAUUGCAUUGACAUUUUCAAAGUUGUUUUUUUACCCCUAAUGUUGCUCUUUUAUGGUCUCUGCAGGAUUGCAUUGAGAUGAGAACUCAGCACAGAGCUUGUAAAGGAGGGCUUUGUAAACUACAACAUUGAAAUGCAUUUGAGGGAUUGAAAGUGUGGGGAAUCCUCUGUUGAAUUUGUAGAAUAAAGACUUGAUUUUACAUGGAAA